GCAUCAUCUUCUCUUUGGACUGCACUGCAAAAUCCUACAGCUCUCUUAGCCCAGCCAUGCUCUGAUACAUUUUUUUCUCUCCUUUUUCUGAUUUUGGUGUGAAUGAUAAAGUGAUCUGAUGAUGGCUCUCGUUAUGGAACCUAUUAGCAAGUGGACGCCCAAGCAAGUAGUGGAUUGGAUGAAAGGCCUUGAUGAUUGCCUCCAACAAUACAUAAAAAAUUUUGAAAGAGAAAAGAUCAAUGGUGAACAGCUGCUCCACAUCACUCACCAAGAGCUUGAGGAAUUGGGAGUCACUCGCAUUGGCCACCAAGAACUGAUACUGGAAGCAGUUGACCUGCUAUGUGCAUUGAAUUAUGGUUUGGAGACCGAAAACCUGAGAACUCUGUCUCACAAGCUGAAUGCCUCAGCCAAAAAUCUUCAGAACUUCAUAACGGGUAGAAGGAGGAGUGGCCAUUAUGAUGGCAGGGCCUCCAGACGCCUGCCAAAUGAUUUUCUUACCUCUGUAGUUGACCUGAUUGGUGCUGCCAAGAACUUACUAGCCUGGCUGGACAGGUCUCCAUUUGUCAGCGUGACAGAAUACUCACUGCUGAAAAACAACAUUGUUCAACUGUGCCUGGAACUAACAACCAUUGUGCAACAGGAUUGUACAGUGUAUGAAACAGAAAAUAAAAUUCUUCAUGUGUGUAAAACCUUGUCUGGGAUUUGUGACCACAUCAUUUCGCUCUCAUCUGAUUCUCUGGUGUCACAGUCAGCACAUCUUGAGGUAGUUCAUCUCACCAGCAUUAUGCCCAGUGAGGGUUUGGGAAUGUAUAUCAAAUCAACAUAUGAUGGACUACAUGUAAUUACAGGAACAACUGAAAAUUCUCCUGCUGAUCAGUGUAAGAAGAUCCAUGCUGGUGAUGAGGUGAUCCAGGUCAACCAUCAAACUGUGGUUGGCUGGCAGUUAAAGAACCUAGUAAAUGCAUUGCGGGAAGACCCAAAUGGAGUGAUUUUAACCUUGAAAAAACGUCCUCAGAAUACCCUGGUUUCUGCUCCUGCUCUUCUGAAGAAUGUGAGGUGGAAGCCUCUUGCGCUUCAGCCUGUAAUUCCAACCAGUCCAACAAGCAGCUCUACAACACCAACAAGUACAAUGGGCAUAUCCUCAAAAAUGGAGAACUCUGCACUCCAAGACGUUUUCAUUCUGUCUCCUAUGUCAGGACUCUAUGGCCCUAGGGAUGAAAUUGGAAUAAUGUCUUGUGAUGACAUCAGCAAAUUUGGAAAACCUGGAAUGAAAGGCUCUGAGUCUCCAAGCUAUUUCUUGGAGCAUGAAAGUGGGAAAUACUACACCUUAAUUGAAGGUGAAGGCCACCCUGUGAGCUCUGAGUAUGAGAGAAGCAGAGCUGCAGGAGUGCGGAGAAGAGAAAAAACACCCACUCACGGAGAUUUAAGGCCUGUUUCUAUGCCUACCGAGUACAGUUGGAUAGGGGAGUCCAAAGAACAAAGCGUGUACAAGAGGGGAAGCAGAGACUCUGAGAAUUCACUCCUGCGGUAUCUGAGUGAUGACAAGAUACUGGUUAUCCAAGAAGAGCCUUUGACACAAAAAGACAACAAAAGGGACACAGGUCGUAGGUCAAGAAAAAAGGGCAAAACCACAAGCAGUCCAAACUACCCUAUUAGUCCACCUGUGCUGACAUCUACUAUUAAUGUCAGGCUUGAACCCGGACAGCAAGAUGUCUUGAAUUUCUCACUAGCAGAAAACAAUACAGUUCCACUUUAUCAUAGAGCAGGGGACACAGUCAGUGGAGAUACUGAAAGAUAUGCUAGUUCUGCCAUUGACCGUCAAGGAAGCACAUCCAUGAGGAAGUCAUUUCACUACGCUUCCCUCAGGGUAAAAAGCAGAAAAUGGUCAAAAGGGAGCUCUCUAACGAGUGGGAGCAGAAGACGGAUUUCCUGCAAAGACUUGGGGCACGGAGACUGUGAAGGCUGGCUGUGGAAGAAAAAGGAUGCCAAAGGUUAUUUCACACAGAAAUGGAAAAAGUACUGGUUUAUUCUGAAGGAUUCCUCCUUGUACUGGUACACAAACCAGAAUGAUGAAAAAGCAGAAGGAUUCAUUAGUUUACCUGAGUUCAGAAUAGACAGAGCAAUUGAAUGCAGAAGAAAACAUGCCUUCAAAGCAUGCCACCCCAAAAUAAAAAGCUUCUACUUUGCAACAGACUGCCUUGAAGAAAUGAAUAGAUGGAUGAAUCGUUUGGGUCUUGCAGCAAUUGGUUACACCCCUGAUGACAAGGAUAUUCAUCCAGAUGAAGAUUACUGGAGUGAGAGCGACCAGGAUGACAUCGACGGCUCUUUAACCCUGAAGCAGGAAGGCUCUUCAACACUGUGUGACUCCUAUCAUCGAACACCCUCAGUGAAUUCUUCAAGUCCAUUCCCUGAAGCCAAGCACGGUAGACACUUUUCAAGUGAAUCAACGUAUUCUCAUUCUUCUGCCGAGGACUCUCGGCAAGAGGCAGCAGGAAGCACCCACUCCUCAGGAUGCAGACCUCCCUACCGAGAAAGACGCUCCUGGCAGGAUCUGAUAGAGACUCCAUUAACCAGUUCAGGGCUCCAUUUUCUGCAGACUGUUCCUCCUGAUGCAGAGUACACGAGUGGCCGACCUGGAAUGUCGCCUGACAAACGAAGACAGGCAACGCUACCAGUACAAAGGCGUCAUAAUUACGAGCAGGAUGGGCCUUUCCCUUUGGUGGGAUGUCAAAGGGGACACAGCUCCCAUAGCAGGCCACAAAAGCAACGUAGUCAAAGCCUUCCCCGAAACAGAGAUGUCAGGGGCAAGGGACGCGUGCAGUCCAUAGAAGGAACAGAUGACAAGCUGGAAGAGAAAGUUCCUAUUAGAAGGCAUAAUAGUUUCUGUGCAGAAGAAAAUGUAAAAGAGAUUGGAGAACAUACAGAUGGUCUGCAAGAACUAUACAAAUCUCUGGAACAAGCUAGUUUGUCAGCCUUUGGAGAGCAGCGUCCUUCCACCAAGCAGGAGUUCCGCAGGUCUUUUGUAAAGCGAUGUAAUGAUCCCAUUAUCAAUGAAAAGCUUCACCACAUCAGAGUUCUCAAGAGCACUUUAAAAGCGAAGGAAGGAGACCUCACAGUUAUCAACAGCCUUUUGGAUGAUCCCAACUUAACAUCAAAGAAGUUUAAAGAUUGGAAACUAAAGAACUAUGAAUUUUUCCUGGACAUUUGUGAGUACAGUGCUGCUGUGAAAUCUCAAAAUGGAGCCUCUGAACUGGCAACCUCAGCACCAAUGCUGACACACACACACUCGUUCAUUGAAACUCACGUGUGACAGAACUCGUAUCCUGAAUAAUUGCUGGGUGCCAUGAAAAAGCGAGUAAGACAAACACUGUAAUAUUUAUUGAUAAUAUACUCAGCAGUACUGUAAAUAAGUUGGGUAAGAGACUAGCGCCACAGGAUGCCUACUACAUUGCAUGAUAUGACAAUAAUAUUCUUUAUGAAUUUUUUUUGUUUGCUAUUAUCAACCAAUGUCCGUAUCAAGCUCUGCAUUAGAAAGAAGAAGUGCAGAAGUGUAACUGAAAAUAAGUACCAGUAUAUUUAAAGUACUGUACUAAAACUAAGCUUAUAGUAUGAGGUUCUACUAUCAUUUUAUAUAUUUAGAUAUAUAUAAAGACAUAUCUAUGUAUAUAAAAUGUAACACAGUAGUUGACAUUUACUUUUAAAAUGCCCUAAAGUUCACAUUUUUCUUGAGAAAAAUAAAAUUAAAACAUAAAUACAUUGGCCACUCUUAGAGAUGAACGUUUAUUUUUGCAACAUUUCCAGGUAGUGACCAUCUUUGCAAACAAAAGGACAGAGUUAUCAAAAUGUAAACUCAAUCCCUAUAGUGUGCCUUAAAAUGUACACUGUACAUCUAGCAAAUAGAUCCCAAUCUGGCCCUAUGGGCAUACUGUACAUGCCAUUUAGAUACUGUGUUUGUAACGUACUGUGCCUGCCUUUGAAGUGAAUGAACAUAAGCAAGCAGGUAUGGCACAGAGGUUAAGAUAUGAGUAGAACAAUGUUGGUUGUUCACUAAUGCUGCAACUUAAACUGAUUUUAAUAUAAUUUGAAGUAUUUCAUGGUGGAAGAAAAACAUCUGCGCUGAAUAUGGUACAUACUGCAGGUUUUCAUAUUUUCUUCACUGUGAAUUUAAGUGACACAUGACUGUGAGUCACAAAAUUAAAAAAAGCUCUGAUACUUCAAGGAUGAGAAUUUUAAAAAUCCUGAACUAAUCAAUUAAAUUCUGUAAUAGAGUGACAUCUAGAGCUGAGUAAAUUAUUCAAAAUUAUAUAAUGUCUGGCAAUAAUUUUUAACUGUUAGUAGUAGAUUAGCAAGUGGGUGAAGUUAUUCAAUACAUCAUUUGAAAACCAAUCUGUAUUGAUUGGUUUGGGAAGACACGCAAGUCACAUAGUGUAUUUCACUUCCUUGCCUGGAUGAGAAUGAUUUCUAAGAAUCAGAUUUUGGAGAAAAUACUUGUAUUCUUGGAAAGAAAAAAAAAAAAAAGUUUGCUCUGAAUGGUAGUGAAUAUAAAUUUCAAACACCCAUUCAUGAUUUUCUUUGACUAUGCUUGCUAGAAUAUUUCUAGAAAGCAGAACCAAGGGGAUGUGAAUAUAGUUGACGUCAUUUCACUUAAACACAGAUAUUCACUGAACAUUUUUUCACAAGAUAAACCUAGCCAUCUCUCAUACAUCAAGAACUGUAAAAUUCAUACAGUUCAAUGUAACGUAGGAAAAAACAUUAUCUCAAUGAGGUCCUAGUAUCAGAGAGAGAUUUAAUGAUUCACACAGCCAGAACUGGGUGAAGGCAUGCUGUUUGUUUAGCUCAGUCUCCACAAAGCAGCUGUGGUGGGUUGGCCUCGACUGGCUGCCAGAUGCCCACCAAGAUGCACUCACUCCCCCUCCUCAACAGGACAGGGGAGGAAAUAUAGUGGAAAAUCUCGUGGGUUGAGAUAAAGACAGGGAGGUCACCUACCAAUGACCGUCAUGGGCAAGACAGACUUGACCUGGGGAAAAUUAGAAUCUAAUUUAUUGCCAAUUAAAAAUACAGUUGCAUAGUGAGAAACAAAGACAAAACUAAAAACGCCCUUUCCCCACCUCCUCCCUUCUUCCCAGCCUCAAUUUCAGUCCUUUGUCCCCAGCUUUUCUACCUCCUUCCCCCCUCAGUGGUGCAGGGAGAUGGGGAACGGGGUUGCAGUCAGAUCAUAACACUUUCCUCUGCUGCUCCUUCUUUACACUGUUCCCCUGCUCCACUGUGGGUCCCUUCCUAUGGGGUAAGGGCCCCAUGUUUGUAGUUUCCAGACCAUGCCCAACAUGGGAGCAGCCCCAUGUCUUUUCUCAGAGAGGCCACCCCUGCAGGCCCCCUGCUACCAAAACCUUGCCAUGUAAACCCAAUAUGGCAGCUGAAGAAACACAAUUCGGAUUUGGUUUUUACUCUCAUUUUCACUGGCAUUUAUUUGAACCACAGAAGAUGCAGUGAUCAAACAAGUAAGAGUCUGUACCUAUACAAGAUGUUAUUAGUAGAGAAGUAUCACUGACAGCUGGUUUGAGUUCUUCACAUCCCACAGGCAACUGAGUCACAGCGUCAUUGCAACAACUGCAUAACACCAUUUGGAUAGAUAGACACCAUGAAGGCAUGUUUGGCCUGCUUCAACAAAGUAAUCAACUCUGUAAUUAAGAAUCACUGAAGACAAUAGCUCCUUAAAUGCACUCACCAGACCUUAAUCAUAUUUCCAUUGCAGUAAACAGCAAAACACCAGUGACUUCAGAGGACCAGGAUCACGUUGUAUGCAUUUUUCUUGAAUAUUAAACAUGCACCUCACGUUCUGUCUAAGCACCUGAGGUAAUAAAAAAGAUAGAGGCAAUAGAGAACAACAGUUUGCCACCACAGGUUUCACCAAUAUUGGAGUUGCAGUAUUCAUGCAAAAUGUAGAAAUAAAUUGAAUUGUAUUUACUACGUGAAUUUUGUAGUACUGGACAACUGAAUAGCGGAAGCAUUCAUAGAAUUUGCCUAGCUUUUUUUCGUAUCAGACCACUAAAAGCUCUAUAUUUCACUAUUUUUUAAUACUAUCCUUCAUAUAAUGUGGGAGAAAUACUACCCAGUGAAGCAAACAACAGGGUAAAUUGCGGAAGCCGUUUAGAAACUAGUUCAUACUGUAUAUGCAAACAGAUAGUCACAGAAUUAGCUAAAUGGACUGAACUUUCUAUAUUCAUAAAGAAAUUUAAACACACCUUUUGUUUCAAACCCAAAAGAUGGUUUGUGCUUUCAUAAUAAAAGAUCUGUACAAUUUUAAAAUACCUUUCAAAAAGGAUUUCAAAUGCCAUUGUAUUGUAACUCAAGACAGAAAUGACAAUUGCCCACUAAGCAUAUUCAGUGAAGUCCCUAGAAAACAAGAAAUAAGCUAGUUCUCUUCUCAAAUGCUACUUACAGAUACAGCUGAAAAUUACAAAUAUCAUCAGGAAGGUGUAUUUCUCAAAAAUAACACAAAUAGUAAGGAAAAUAUACAAUCUCAAUUUUCAUUUUGCAAGGUUGAAAAAAUACAUAUUUCUGAAAUAUGAGUAGAUGAGAUGAAAAGUUGAGAAAUCAUACUUUCGCUCAGCUUAUCUUUAAAAUCUGUCAUGAGGUCACCUUUUCUGGAAUUCUGCGAGUCACAGGUGUCUGUUCUGCUCUUGGAGAGCAGUUCUCUUGAAAUAUGAUUCACACUGAAUAGUCAAGAUAAAUUAUCCAAGAGAUUCAUAAGGUGAACUGAGGUACACUGAAAAAAUCUCCUGUAAUGGUGUUAGGAUUAACUGGGAGAAAAGUCUGAAAGAUUUGUCUAGCAUUGCUUAUGCCUUAGAGCGAGCAAAAUCUAAUGGUUAAAUUAAGCAAUACAAAGACUUCAUUCUUUCACAAACGCCAGCUGGCAUUUGAAAGUCAUUUCACAAGAAUUUUGUCAUACUUUUUGCACGUGUACUCAACUCUAUACUACAGCCCUCCCCACCACCAGUUUCUUCUUUCUGGACAUAGGUACUAAUGUAGCUCUACUGUAGAAAGAAUGUACAAUUUCUCCUUAGUUUUCCCAGAGGGAAAUGGUGCAUUUCUAGGGAAGACAGAAGGGUGUGGGUUGUAGCAAUGGCUUUUUGCUUGGGGUGUGGGUUUGUAGAUUUUCCACGUACCACAUGCCUUAGCCCACUGGGCUUCAAAUCUCACUGGAGACAAUACACCAACUUCCCUGUUGCCAAAUUAUAUUUAUUUACCAUGAAUAUAAAAAAUAGGUAGUAACAGGAAAGACUGAAGAAGCAAUAUUAGCUAAUUAAUUUAUAUCGAGUAAUAAAAAGUUCUUUUCCUUUCAGAACUUUUUUCCUCAUUAAAGCUAAGGUUCAGAGAAGGUUUUUCAGGUGAGCUACUGCAGGGACAGACUCCUUGUCUGCUCUUACCCCAGACGAACUCAUGGUGUGGCUGAGGCUCCCAGUGGGGUUAACUGGGUGUGCACCUGGAAGUCAAACCUGAGCCAUAUCAGUUGAUGAAUAGAAACUGCAUUGUUAUUUAAACAGAAACCAGUAAAUUGUAUUUUCUUAGUUCAUUUUAAAAACUAUUUUCUUCACUCUUGUUACGUAUAAAGCAUAAUGAUGUACUUCUGAUCAGUUUCAUAGAGUAAUUCAGGGAGGCAACUCUUUAUUCUUGAUAAAACUAAUAGAUGAAGAACCAUUUUUUAAAGCUUAGUUUCUAUGUUUUAUGGGUGAUAGCAGACUUCCGCAUUCAGAAAGAGGAUUACAAAUAAUAUUGUUUAAGCUAUUAUCAGUUUUUGAGAUAGCUGAUAUACUACUGGGACCUACUCUUAAUAAAUAUUUUAAAAAUUCAGACAGAUGCUGCCUGUUAUGUUCAGGAAAAGAACCAUAUUCAUUCUUAAUGCAGGCCAGACAGAUAUAUCUUUAUUUUUAUCAAGCACAUACAAGUGUUAAAAGUGACAAUUAGGGACUUUGCUGUAUGCAUUAAUGCCACUGUACGAGCAGUAUUUGAAAGAAUGCAAUGUUGUAAAAAUGAUAAAAUCUGUCGACAAACUGUUGUUUGACCAACUAGGCCCUCUAGCUUCUGUCCUCACAUUCCUAGAAUAUUGUUCAUUCCCAGGCAUUGGUGAGGGUAUCAAUACAGAUCUUUUUACUGACUGUAAAUGCAUCUGUCCGAAUGCUGCAGAUUAAAUAAGGAUGCCACAUUAUACAUACUAACUCUAUUGCAUUUUUUUCACUAGCAACCAUGAAACAAAUAUGUCUUAACAAAUCAUGUUCACUGGCCAAAAUAUAAGACCCUGUUACCAGCUAAGACUUCUGUUUUACUGAGAAACAAGGAUUUCAGCUGAAAAAUCUGAGAGGAAAACAGGUUAGGAUAUAAGAGAAAUGCACUAGUGUUAAUAAACUUUUUACAUUUGACACAUACUGUAUUACAGAGAAAAAUAUCCUUGUAAGACCAUUAAUUGCUGGGCCAUAGGUGACUUCUGUCUAGUUUACUAAAGUAGCUAAUAAAUCUUGUAUAGAGAGCCUUUUUUAGAUAAUGCUUACAUGUAUGAAAAUGUAUGACACCCUUGUACUAUGGCUUGCACUUUACUUGCAUUAAACUGUGAAGUAGGCUGUAGUAAUGUCUUUGUAUAUUCAGGGGUUGAAAUACCAAAGCACUGGAGUAUCGCACUGCUGGUGUUCAACCUGUACUGUUCAUUGAAUCUGAACGUGCUGACAACGUGUGUUUUGAAAACCCCACUAACUCCAAAUCUUUAGCAAAUAAUGCUAUGGGGUCUCCAUGGUCUUUGUUUCUUUGUAAAUAUGAACAUUCUUACUGUUUCUGUAGCAAUAGGAGGUUAUAAACCAAACUUUCACUAGGACUGUUUUCAAUAACAAAAAAAUCUAUAGCGCCUUGUAUAAAAAUCAUGGAGACUCCAUGACCUGUGGGCAUUUUUUGUUUACAAGCAGUAUGUAUAUAUGUAUUAGAGGCAGAACUGUUAUUUAUCACAAAACUAUAUUGUGGAUUAUUCUUUCUAAAAUAAAUAUGUUUUUCUGUCAUUAUAAAAAUAAGUAUUUUAGAGCCAUCUUGAAAAGUCUGAAGUGUGAAGGCUUCACAUACUAGCAAUCUUCCAUGUUUCAGCCUUGUUUUUCUAAUUGGCUGUGAGAUGACCUGAGGAAAUGGUGAUCCACCUCUCCGUGCCGGGGAAAAGGUCCGAGUCGUGUCACAGUUUCUGAGCAUUCUGCAACUUUUUUAUAAUCACCAUCUUGCUUAAGCGCUUUAAUGAGCAGAUGCUCCCCCGCUCCCGUAGUAAAGUCCCUCAGCUCAUGGAUGCUACAGAGAGAGAAACCCAACUGCUCUAGACUAAUACAGGUAAAACUAGGUUUCAACCCCUGAAUAAUACAGUAUUUCUUCAGUUUCACAACAGUAUUUUUAAUUUUAUACUUGUCUAUGUUGAGAGAUGAUCCAAUAGUUUAUAUAGGCAACGAACGUUAGGUUUCUUUUUUCCCUCUUUUCAGAUGAGUUCUGUGUGAAUUACUGUACCCGGCUGCGUUUUUUCUAUCACAGAUUAUCUUGGUAACUUUUUGUGUGUCUACAACGAAAAUUUAUGAAUGGAAAACUUCACUGUGUGUUGCUCACUGGGCAUAUACCUCAUGGUACAUUGCACAGACGUGUAAGUUGUAAGUUGCACUGCAACAUUAAAAAAGGAACAUAUUGCUCUUUUUUCAAAGAUAUUAACUUAUUUAAGAGAUAUAGUCUGUACAUUAUUAAAAAGAACAUUUAUUCUUCCUAAAGUCAAACAAAGCUUUUGUUUUGGGGAAAAAAAAAAGUUGUAAACUUCAGUUGUAAAUUUGGACUUCAAUAAACGAAUUAC